GGACGAAUCUUCUGAGCUUGUCAAUUCGCUUCCAGCUUUUCAACUCGUUUUCCUUCCGUUCCUUCCUUCCUUCUCUCUAUCUGACCUUGUUUCUGUCUCAUCUGGGAGAAAUGUCUGACACGAUUGGUAUAGCUAAUUUGCCCAACCAGAGGCAUAAAAUCGUUGCAAAACGUGGUGCUCAUUUUACGCUCAUGGUUGUUGGCGAGUCAGGUCUUGGGAAAACGACCCUGAUCAACACCCUCUUCUCCACCGAGCUCUCCCCGCCCAAAAACUACUCGAAGAGACAUGCGAAACAGUUGGACAAAUUGACGGAGGUGGACAUCAUCAAGGCCGAACUCGAGGAAAAAGCCUUCAAGGUCAAGUUGACUGUCAUUGACACGCCUGGCUUCGGAGACUACGUUAAUAACAGGGAAUCCUGGACCCCGAUUGUCGAGUUCAUUGACGACCAACAUGAAGCGUACAUGCGCAUGGAGCAACAACCUCAGAGAGAGGAGAAGUCCGACAUGAGAGUUCAUGCCUGCCUUUAUUUCAUUCGUCCAACUGGACACACGUUGAAGCCGCUCGACAUUGAGAUCAUGAAGCGUUUGGGCACUCGAGUCAACCUUAUCCCUGUCGUUGCGAAGGCCGACACUUUGACCCAGAAUGAUCUCUAUACGUUCAAGCAGCGCAUCCGUGAAGUCAUUAAUGCGCAAAAUAUUCGUAUUUACAGCCCCCCUAUUGAACUCGAUAACCCUGAAGGAGCAGAACAUGCUACGACCCUUAAGGAAGCCAUUCCUUACAGCAUCAUAGGCUCUACAGAAGACGUGAAGACGGCUGAUGGAAGGGUUGUCAAAGGACGGGAGUACUUGUGGGGUGUUGCCGAGGUCGAAAAUGAACAGCACUGUGACUUCAAGAAGCUCCGCUCAUUACUCAUUCGUACACACAUGUUGGACCUGAUCUCGACUACUGAAGACAAUCACUACGAGAGCUAUAGACAACAACAGAUGGAGACCAGGAAGUUCAACGAGCCAAAGGUGAAGAAACUGGAUAACCCCAAGUUUAAGGAGGAGGAAGAACAAUUGAGGAAGAGGUUCACUGAGCAGGUCAAGGCUGAGGAAGCUCGCUUUAGACAAUGGGAGCAGCAUCUCAUCGCAGAACGUGACCGCCUCAACAAAGACUUGGAAAUGGCCCACAGCGCAAUCAAACAGCUCGAGGCUGAACUGGAUAACCUACAGGUCGGAUACGGACGAGGAUCGGCAAGGCGAUGAAUUUAGGUCAUUUUCCUUCUGCUUGUAUACCCUAAAGACUCUUUACCUCUUUCGAUUCCUUACCGAGUGUCCUUUUUCACGUACCCAUCCCCUCAUUUUGUUUCCGCAAGGAUCCUCGCGUUACCGUUCAUUAACACUUGGUUUUAGCCGGCUGGAUUGCUUUUGUCUCGGCCAUUUUUCUCUCUCUUGUUUGUUCUGUUUGUCUACCUAGUGUUCAUUUCGAAUACGAUAAUACCCGUC